AGCAUCUAGUUGAGCGUUCUUGGCUCUUUCUAGGGAGCUUGGAGUGUAGGAGCCUCUGCGAGCUGAGUGAGGGGCCCUUGUCCCGGUCUUGGGGAGCUGUGGCUGAGGAGUGCUUGGUCUUGUUUUCGAGAGUCUGGGGCAGUGGUGUAGCCGGGGCCCAGGAGUGCAAGAAUACGGCUUUGGGGGAUCCCAAACAAACAAGGUUCUGCCAUUCGUGGCUGACAAAAUCCGAAGGCAGAGAGCCAAGUGGUGGUGAAACAAGAAAGUAAUUUUUUUUUGUGGGCCGUGAAAUUCAGAUACAACAGCAAGUGGGAUGGAGCACUACCGGAAAGCUGGCUCUGUGGAACUCCCAGCACCUUCUCCGAUGCCCCAGCUACCUCCUGAUACCCUGGAGAUGCGGGUCCGAGAUGGCAGCAAAAUCCGCAACCUGCUGGGGCUGGCACUGGGUCGAUUGGAGGGGGGUAGUGCACGACAUGUGGUGUUCUCGGGUUCUGGCAGGGCCGCAGGGAAGGCGGUCAGCUGUGCUGAGAUUGUCAAGCGGCGGGUACCAGGCCUGCACCAGCUUACCAAGUUGCGCUUCCUGCAGACCGAGGACAGCUGGGUGCCAGUCUCACCUGACACAGGCCUAGAUCCCCUCACGGUGCGCCGCCAUAUACCUGCAGUGUGGGUACUGCUCAGCCGGGACCCGUUGGACCCUAAUGAAUGUGGCUACCAGCCUCCAGGAGCACCCCCUGGCUUGGGCUCCACAUCGAGCUCCAGCUGUGGCCCUCGAUCUCGAAGAAGGGUUCGAGACACUUGGUCCUGAAGAUCUGCUGAGCAAACUGUUCUCCAGGCAUGAAUGUCUUCGAUGGCUUUUCCUUCCCUGAGAAGCCUCUGUAACUGCUCAACAUCCCCAGCAAGACUUGAAUCCACAGAAGUGAGCCUCCCUAUCCUGCCUCCCUUUCUCUCGGGUGUGUGAAAAGGGACUGCUACAGAGUGACAGGUGUGCAGUCUUAAAUGGGUUCUGGAUUGCUUAAGAAGGGCUUAUUCAGCCUUAUACCUGCUGUGCUUCUGUCCCUUCUAACAGAGAUCCAGGGAGUGGUUAGGAAAUAAAGGUUCUGCCUAAUUGUCUGA